CCCCCCUCCGCUGCCCCCUGACGUCAGCGCGGCGGCGGAGGGCGCGGACCUCGCACUCGGCGGCGCCGCUCGGCGGGGAAGCAUGCGGCUCCUCUGCGCGCUCCUGCUGGCCGCCUGCUGCCGCCGCGCCGCGGGUGUGCUUGGAGAGGCCGAGCCGCCCGAGCCCGAGCUGGUGGAGGUGGAGGUGGGCAGCACAGCCCUCCUCCGGUGCGGCCCCUCCCAGGCCCAGGGCAACCUCAGCUACGUGGACUGGUUUUCCGUCCACAGGGAGAAGCCCGUACUCAUCUUCCGCGUGCUGCAGGGCCAGGGUCAUAGCGUGGCCGGGGAGUACGAGCACCGGCUCAGCCUGCGGGAGGCGGGGGCGGCGCUGGCCCUCACCCACGUCACCCCUCACGACGAGCGUGUCUUCCUGUGCCAGGCCAAGCCCCCGGGGCCCGGGGAGCACCGCCUCCAGCUCCGCGUCUACAAAGCUCCAGAGGAGCCGAGCAUCCAGGCCAACACCCAGGGCAUCUCGGUGAACAGCCCGGAGCCUGAGGAGGUUGCUACCUGCGUGGGGAGGAAUGGGUACCCCGUCCCGCAAGUGGUCUGGUACAAGAACGGACAGCCCCUGAAGGAGCAGAAGGACCGGGUGCACAUCCAGUCGUCGCAGACGGCGGAGUCCAGUGGCCUGUACACCCUACGGAGCGUCCUCCAGGCCCAGCUGCGCAAGCAGGACCGGGACGCGCGCUUCUACUGCGAGCUCAGCUACCGGCUGCCCAGCGGGAGCCACAUGAAGGAGUCGCCAGAGGUCACGGUCCCCGUCUUCUACCCCGCGGAGACCGUGUGGCUGGAGGUGGCGCCCGCGGGGCCGCUGAAGGAAGGGGACCGCGUGGAGAUCCAGUGUCUGGCGGACGGCAACCCCCCGCCGCACUUCAGCCUCAGCAAGCAGGACCCCGGCACCUUGGAGCUGGUGGAGGAGCGGACCCUGGAGGACGGGGUGCUGGUGCUGGCGCCGGCGCGCAGGGAGCACAGCGGGCGCUACCAGUGCCAGGGCCUGGACCUGGAGAGCUCGGCCUCGCUGCUGAGCGCCCCGCGGGAGCUGCGGGUGGACUUCGUGUCUGAUGUCCGCGUGCGCCCCGCCGCCCCGGAAGCCCACGAGGGUGGCAACCUCACACUCACCUGCCGGGCGGAGAGCAGCCAAGAGCUGGAGUUCCAGUGGCUGAGGGAGGAGACCGGCAAGGUGCUGGCGCCGCAGUCGGUGCUGGAGUUGCAGAACCUGGACCGGGAGGCGGGGGGCGGCUACCGCUGCGUGGCCUCGGCGCCCCGCGUGCCCGGCCUCAACGCCACGCGGCUGGUCAGCGUGGCGGUUUUCGGCCCCCCGUGGAUGGCGCUGAGGGAGAGGAAGGUGCGGGCGCCGGAGGACGCGCUGCUGAACCUGACCUGCGUGGCGUGGGGGCACCCGAGGCCCACCAUCACCUGGAGCGUGGGCGGCACGGCCAGUGAGCAGAACCAGGGCCCCCAGGGCGUCCUGAGCCUCCUGAGUGUCCGCGUGACCCCGCAGCUGGUGGAGACAGGCGCCCAGUGCGUGGCCUCCAACACCCUGGGCAGGAACUCCACACGCUUCCUCCUGGAGCUGGGUAAGGCCUGCCCCUUGGGGAGGGCCUGGGCUCCUGCGUUUCCAAACCUCCACCCAUCCCUCUCCGUCUCCCCAGCCUGCAACAGAAGCACUGGGCCCAGCACCGCCACCGUCGGGCCUCACACCAGAGCCAACGGCACCACCACGGAGAAGAAGCUGCCCGAGCCCCAGAGCAAGGGCGUGGUCAUCGCGGCCGUGACCGUGAGCCUGCUGGUCCUGGCGCUGCUGGGCGCCGUCCUCUGCUUCUUCCACAAGAAGGGCAAGCUGCCCUGCGGGCGCUCGGGCAAACAGGACAUAACGCUGCCCCCCUCUCAUAAGAGCACAUUUGUAGUUGAAGUUAAGUCAGAUAAGCCCCCCGAAGAGAUGGGCCUCCUGCAGGGCAGCCGCGCUGACCAGAGGGCGCCCGGAGACCAGGGGGAGAAGUACAUCGAUCUGAGGCACUAGCGGAGCUGGACCCCUCCCCGCCGCCCCUGCUCGCCGGCCCCAGCACUCAGGACACUCGGAGUCACAAAGCCUCUACCGUGGACGACAGAUGGCGCCCCUCUCCCGCCUCCCUCCCACUGUGCAGGGUCCUGGCGGCCCUCCUCGGGGACCACACUGUCCACCUGUGGAGGGGCGCUCGCCCCGGCGGCCUCGGUCGGGAGGGCGAGUUCCGCCCGAACACCUGCUCGGUCACGGACUGGGGCCCCGCCUGCCCAGCCGGGGCUCCGGGCGCUGUCUCAGGGGACUUGCUGCCCCAGGUGCCUCCCAGUUCCGCUGUGUGGCUGCGCGAGGGGCUGGGCCAGGCCCUCCACUGGGGCGGGAAGCCUGCAGGCUCCCCGGGGCCUGGCAGUGUCUGGAAGCAGUGGCCCCUUCCCGGGUGGAGCCCUUCAGAUCCAGCUGUGGCCCAGCAGUGGAGCCGCCGCGUCCUACAGGCCCGGAGCUGUGCACUUGGCUCCGGGUCAGACAGGGUGAGAGCAGGGGACGGGGUCCCUGUGCCCUUUAAGGGGACAAGGUUAGUUACCCCAGCACCAAACUCUAUGGAAGGCCCUGGAGGGAGGCUGGGAAACAGGCCAGAGCUGGUAUAGUGUGUGUGUGUGUGUGUGUUUGUUAGGUUGUGUGUAUCUUGCAAAUAGUUACACACACACACACACACACACACACACACACAAUAAAGCUUAGUUGUCCGGGAAACCGUACACGUUUCAUUCUCUGUGGGAACCACAGCGCCUGGGCUCCAAAUGGACCGGCCCAGGAGGAACCCCCUUCCCUGAGGCGCGGGCUCUGCCGCCUGUGCCAACCCUCCAUCCCCACCAAAGACAAGCGCUCAGGUCAACUACAACAGAAGAAACUUUAUUUAAAAAUACUUUACAGACGUGGGUGCUUGAAAAAGCUCUAGUUCACUGUAUAUAAAUGACAUUAAUAAAUAACAUUAGUAUGACAGUCCUUGGACACAUCUUAAAGCUCUGCUCUUCUCCGUAGGAAUAUUUACCUCUGUUUUUAUUCUUCCCAAGUGAGAAAGAUUAAAUACUAUGAACAUAAAGUUUCUUAUAUUAAUGACACUUUUAAGAUCAGUUCUGAGGACAGGCUGUGGUCAGCUCUGCUGCCUCUUCUGGGGAACCGAGCCCAGAGGCACGCACUGCUCCUGCUCUGAGCCAGGCUCCGCGGGGCCGGAGGUGGAGGCAGGUCAGGAUCCCCAAAG